AUGGCUACCCAAAUUGCCAAGCAGUCGAAUACAAUGAAGCAGGCAACCGCCUCCCAUCAUCCCAACUACGCAGGAAGAUACCCUGCUGGAAGCACUCUUCCUAUCACCAUUUCCAAGAAUGGUAACAAACACAUUCGCCAACUUCCCACUGGAGGCACUCAAGAAGUGCUAUCUGUUGGAUUGGCGUGCUCGGAAUGCUUUUCUGGUCCUCGCCUUGCAAAUCUACUGAAAGCAGGAUUCGAAUAUGAGCAGAAGGUCAUGGAGCAGCUCAUGGCGGGAGAGUUUGCAAAUCCCCUGUCUACCCACACAUCCGCUGGGGUGUCUCCUGAGCUUGAUGGCUUCCUCGAGGCCAUGGCGCAUCACUUGCCUUGGUCAGAGGAAACUCAUGAAGGUUUCAGCAACAACGACUGGUGCUGUUCAUUGCAGCUCGAGGGAGCCUCGGCCGUGUGGGCUGCCGUUGAUAUGCUUCUUCAAGAGCAAAUGUUGUCCAGUGGCAACAAGUCUCGCAAAAAGGUUGCCGUUGGUGCUACAUCGUAUCACGGGCCGCCGUCUACCAGUUUCGGAGCCAAGUCUCCCCUCUGGACCAAGACACACCAAUUGGCUUACCCUGUUCCAACGCCCCAGUCUUGUGACGAGGAGGCUUUGAUCGACCAAUUUGACGCCUUCUUGGAUAACCACGGUCAUCAGGUCGGUGUCAUCCUCAUGGAGCCCCAGUGGGGGUCCUCCCAGGCUGGAUUGCCCUGGCCCAAGAGCCUUCUCAAAACUUACAUUCAAAAGGCUCAGGCUAGGGGUAUCAGAGUGCUGUGUGAUGAGAUCAUGUGUGGAAUGGGGCGUCAUGGAAACGGUUCUUUGUUUGUGUCCAAGGACUGGGACCUCAACCCUGACGCCAUCACCUUUGGCAAGGCCAUUGGCGGUGGUGUAUACCCCAUUGCCGGCGCUAUUGUUAAGCGUGGCAAGUCUGUGUUGCAGGCUAACAAGUGUUCGGCUAUGCAAUCCCAUACCUAUGCUGGUUCAUCAGUCAGGGCACUAAUGACUGCGACGGCAGUCUUAAACGAAGUGCCUCAAUGGUUCGGCACUAUCGCCGAGAAAGGCAAGGAGAUGCGAAACAUCUUCGAUCGACUUGCCAAACGUUCUGAUGGUCUGCUGUUUGGGCACGGACAAGGUCUGAUGUGGGGCUGCCUUUGGGGCGCUGCAGGACAGAACGCUGACCCCAAAUACCGCGCUCAGAGCGUUCAGGUGUUCAAGAAACACUGCAAUACACUUGGAGUCUUGCCAUAUUUUGUACCCAAUGGCGGCUUCAUGGUGACCCCAUUGUUGGACGUUGAAGUUGAUAUGCUUCACGAGAUGGCGGACAAGCUUGAACAGGCCUUGGUCCUUACUAUGAACGAAACUAAAUGGCACGGCCUGAGCGCUUCCAAGGCCGACGAGAUCUCCCACAUUGUGCCAAGUUUCAAAGAGUCAGUCGCGGUGACCGCUGCUCCAAGUCGCGGUGCUUAG